AUGUGUUUGCCAACAAAUAUUGAAACAACCAGAUUCGAGCUCUCACAAGCUUGUGAAGAGUAUGGAUUUUUCCAGAUCAUCAACCAUGGAGUGCCUGAGGAGUUAUGUUAUAUAAUGAUGGCUGCCAUGACCCAGUUCUUCAAAUUGCCUGCCAAAGAAAGAGCACAAUACUUUACCACAGAUCACUCCAAGCCAAUAAAGCUUUUCAACUACUACCUCAAGCUUGAAGGUGAUCAACAUCAAAAGGUCACUAUGUGGAGUGAAACCUUCUCUCAUCUCUGGCAACCUCUCAAUUCUUUGCCUGAAAUCCUCCCCAAUACCGUUUGUGCCCAUUUUUAUGUUUGGGUUUUUGGUUUUAGUGAGGUUUUUGCUGAAUGUGAAAAGGAGAUUGGUGCAUUGGUGAAAAGGCUUUUGGGAUUGAUAUCCCAAGGGCUUGGCCCAGAGGAGGACUGCUUACAGAAGAAAUUGGGUGAGAAUCCUACUCAAAAAGCACAAGGAAACUACUAUCCACCAUGUCCUGACCCUGAGCUCACACUUGGACUAUCUGUCCAUACUGAUCUCAAUGCCCUCACAAUACUUAGGCAAACAGAGGGAGUGACUGGCCUUCAAGUACUGAUCAAAGAUGAGAAAUGGGUUGCUGUUGAUCCUCUCCCAAGUGCCUCUGUCAUCAAUCUAGCAAUUCAAGGAGAAGUCAUAAUUUCCGUCAAUUUCUUUCACGAAGUCACCUCCACGUGCACCUCACGUAGAGGAGUUUUGAGUAAUGGAAGGUAUAAGAGCGUGCACCACAGGGCAGUGACCAACAAAGUUGAGCCAAGGUUGUCAAUAGCAAUGUUCUACGGACCUAGCAAGGACACGGUGAUUGGUCCAACUGAGGAUUUGAUUGACGAGGAACACCCUCCAUUGUACCGGAGUUAUAAGUAUGCAGAGUUUUUUUGAAGAAUUCUACAAGCAAGAAGGAAAAAGAAGAUUGGUCAAGGAAGCUUUUGAGUUGCACAAUUGAUAAUGGCCAUGAAUCAAUGGACCUUUUCACAAUGUUUAUUCUUUGAGCAUCGAUUUUAAACACUUUUGGAGUUGCACAAUUGAUAAUGGCCAUGAAUCAAUGAUCUGGUUGAUGUAUUUCAAGACCAUGAGUCAAUUCACAGCCUCGUAGGAGGAGAGUUCAAUUGACCAUUCUCUUGUCUAAUAAUAAUAAGCCAAGAAUUGACUGAAAUUUAGCAGUUUUAAAGCACCUUCACUUGGUGAAAAAUAAAAACUAGACUUGAAUACUUGAUAAAAAAACCUUGAGCUAAUUUCCAAAGAUAAGAAACUAAAGAUGGCAAAUGCUGCUUCUCCAGCCCAAAUCCCAGAGGUGGUGCUUGGCUCCUCCACUUGUGCUGCCCUCAACAAAUCACUUAAAUCUUCCAUUGGAGUACCUUGACCUGUAUCUCAUCCACUAGCCCAUCAGUUGACCUGAUGCCAAUGGACUUCAAGGGUGUGUGGGCAGCCAUGGAAGAAUCUCAGAGACUUGGCCUCACCAAAUCAAUUGGAGUCAGCAAUUUCUCCAGCAAAAAGAUUGAAACUUGACUCUCUUUUGCUACCAUUCCUCCUUCAGUCAAUCAAGUAAGUCCAUUUUCUUUCUAUAAAAUGGACAGCAACAGGCAAUGACUGCUAAUGGUGAGCGGGGCGGACACCCUUUCCCCAACUCUGAUGUGCCAAUUUUCUGUGCCAGCAAGUUGGAAAGUCACCGUGUCUCUUAUUAAUAUAUAUUUUUUUAACUUCAAAUAAUGCAGAAAGAGGAAAAGGAGAAGCUUUUCGAAGCAGCCAUAUUCAAAUAGGUUUCUUGAAUUGAAAUACUGUUUUAUGAUCUAUCUGUUGAAAGAAUUUUACGAUGAACAUUUGCAAGUAUAAACAGCAUUUGUUAUGGGGUAAGCUGAGAUGAACUCUUAUUUCUGUUGCUUA